AUGAAGAGUGCUUUGUUCCAUCACCACAGCCAUCGUUCGUCCGCCUCACGGUGUUUGGAAAAGAAGAAAAAGACGCUCUCUUUUCACCGCGCACCACUAUCACCACCACCACCAUCAUCAUCACCGACCCUGAGCUCACACAGAGACGUGCCAUCACCCUUCUCACAGACGACCUCGGCUGUUUCCUCUUCUUCCUCUCUCUUGAUGUCCAAGCCAGAUAAAAGGAUGACGACGGAUGAGCAUGGUAGGAGGAAGGGUGAUACACAGCCACCACCCCCUUUUUACGACGAUCCUUCCCAUCCAUGGGCCUUUUCUUUCUCUGGAUCCGUCACCCAUAGUAGAACCACCACCACCUCAUUGUCUUUUCCCCCCAUAGAAGAAGGAAAUGAAAUUCUACCUGAAUACGAGUGUACGCUCAACAAAGUCGCAUGUUUAAAUGUCAAAUGUGAAUAUAUCAAAUCCAACUUGAAAGCAAAGCAAAGAUCAUGGAAACGUCUUUAUAUUCAUGUUUACGGAACGAAAAUCAUGGCGUUUCAUAAAAACCCUUUGGACACCGCCUCCUCCUCCUCCUCUUCCUCCAUCACCACGGCGUUGACGUCGUUUUUAUCAUUGAGAUCAACAACCACCCACAACGCUCAAGUCACCUUAGCCACAGACUAUCUUAAAUAUCGCCACGUUUUACGGCUCACCCUCAACGAAGGAGGAGAGGGAGGCCCACACUUCUUAUUCACAUUCAAAACACUCAAGGAAAAGUUGGAUUGGUUAUUCACCUUGGAAUCCUCCAUCAACAUAAGUUCAGAUAUUGAUAUCAGGCCCAUGCCAAAAGCCAUGACCGUCAUACACCAAACAUUACCAAGACGACGACGACGACCCCAGAGACAAAACAGCAGUAGAAGACAGCAGUGA